AUGGCAGCGGAUGUGUCCUCAGGCCUCGGAUUUAUCCGCUUCUGGGCUUCCGCGUCUGCCUUAGAUGCUGUUGACCUCUGCCGACGUCAUCGCGACGAAACAGCUCUGGUAGACGGUAAAGUCAAAUUCACCGCAGAUGUCCCUAAAUGUAUCAGAUCUGCGAAUGAUGAGUCUGCCUGCUCUGCGGCGCAAGCGGUCGGACAGCUGAUCGAUGAGCGCAAUGAGGAAAGUCAACAGAGUCUCCACAUCCUUCUCCUCGGUCUUGGUGAUCUUCACCAUGUGCUUUUCACUGUUUCCCGCCUGUGGAAACCGGAAAAUAGAGGCCACCGUCUUCAUUUCUUCGUGCACGAGGACGCGCCAGAGGUGCUGGCGAGACACUUGCUUCUCCUGGACAUGGUGAAUGACAGAACCUUGUCAUUUAGAGAGAAAACCGACACGUUCCUCGAUGUCUACGCGAAUACUCGCCUGCUCCCCAAGACUGUCGACUACAUCCGGAAUCGGCAGCCCCGUUUAACUGACUUUGUGUGCUCCGAACAUCCCCAUCCGCUGGACGGCCUUGUCGACCUGACGCAUCUGAAGCAUCGUCAACGCGACGAUAUCCAGGAAGCGAUGGAGGCCUGGCAUCCGGCUGUGAAAUUCGACCUGGAAGGACUGCGAGACCAACGGCUCAGGCACUUCUAUGGCCAGCGAUUCGACUAUAAGGUUAACCUAAUGGAUUGGAAUUAUCAGAUGAACCUUAGCCCGAUGGUUCCUAUCAUUCACUGGCGACAGUACAAACGCUUCGCCCUCACAGGUGUCGCCUUCGAAGCGCGCCUUGCAGAUCACGCCGAGCCGAACAGGACGCUUUCUUCCUAUACACGUGCAACAGACACGAAGCGACGUCAGAGUGUCAAAGUCCGCGGUUUCUGGGCCGACAUCGUCAGCGGACCGUUCUACGCGUACGGCGCAGAGACGAGGCACCGGUACAGAGACCGUUUGUUUCGCAAGGUCGGCGACCAGCAGCGCUAUAGUACCCAUGACAUUGCGACCUUCAAUCUCACUUCUAUGAUCUACGGCAUUCAAGAAAUGAACGUGAGUUUCAGCGCGCAUGCCUACAGCGUCUCCCGUCGCAGUCAUUCACGAGGAACCCCUCGUGAAGGCGUGAGGCAGGCGAGGCCCCUCUUGACGGCACUCGCUUCGGGAGUCCAUCCCGGAAGCGGCGCGGCUUUCUGCAGAGCUGCAUGGCGUGCGCGCGUUUGGCAGCUGAACGGGUCAGGCACUCUGAAUCCCAAUCUGCUGGAGCGCGAGUUGUGCGUGAUUCGUGGAGACGCUCAGGACUUUCCCCUACCGCCAAAAUCUGAAAACGAGGAUAAACCUCCUUAUCCGUCGCCGACGGAGUUGGCAUUCUUCGCGUUGGAGUCGCAGCAGACCUCUGAGUCUCGUCCCUCUGAGUCUUGUCCCUCUGGGUCUUGUCCCUCUGAGUCUUCCGCUGCCCACCGAGACGCGAAAGUGGUUAAGCGGGAGGCCCCUGGAAGUUCACGGCUCGGACCAGAGUGCGACAAAGAGAAGAUUCUUCCGUUCUCAGCCGGCGACGAAACCCCACGUGGGCUGAGUCCAGAGGCAUCGCCGAGCUGCAAACGCAAUGUGACACUGGAGGCGUCGCCCAGUGGGGCGCAGGCCAAGCGAAUCGCCUCUUCGAAAGACAGUCGCGCGAGCGCGUGUUCACAGGCGACAGCGGGUCAUCGCAACGUCUCGCCCCGAGCGCUUCCCGACGUUCAACGCCGAGAGGAAGGCGGGAGUGCCUCAGGGGGCGCCGAGUCUGAGGCCGGUCUUCUGCCAGGUACUUCAAACCGAAAGCAAAAGACAAGAGAAGCAGCAGCCGGUGCCUGCGGUAUGCGGUACACUAACCAGUUUGAUGUGGCGAUUGUCGCGAAUGUGGCUACCACGCCCCUCUUCAAGCAUUGCGGCGUCCUGUCGAAUUCGACGCCUUCAGAAGACUUGCCAACGCCAGCAGUGAACGGCGAGGGGCGUGCCGCACGCCAGCGCGGAGAGGUUCCUACUGAGGCAGCAGCCUCGGCGACUCCCUGCGCGGAGGCGCCUCCGUCGUUCCUGAGCACUUGCCUAAAGAAGGAUGCGCUCGUCUGUUUCGAAACCUUCAAAUAUGCCGCAAACUUGAACAGCGUCGCGAAACUGAGGUUUCGAAAAGUGGCCUUGGAAGCCGCAAAGAAAUCCCGCUGGCAUCUGUGCAACCCGAGUAGCGCGCCGCCGAUGGCCGAGACACUGCGAGUUGGGUCGCAGCCUCAGACAGAGAAAGAGCCGAACUGUGCAGAAGCCACCAAACAAGAGGCAGCUGCUGACGCAUACAUGAUUUUUCGCACGUCGCCUUGCGCAUGA